AUGAAAGAUCUCAGUUUCCGGGACAUCCUGCCGCUCAAGAAGGCAUCGAAGCAAGGCCAGGACGUCGAUUCGGGAGAUUCGCAUGCUUCCUCGUUGGCUACGAAGUCAAUACCGCAUAAUGAUGCCGUUCCUGAGCUCCGGAAUGUGUUCACAUUUGGGACAAGACAAUCAAAUUAUCGAGAUGCUGCCAGUAGCGUCACCUCUGGAAAUCCAUUUGCUGCGAUAUUGGAUGAGAAGAACUCGAGUGGGGGUAGAGAUAGCGGUGCAAAGUCAGCUGUCGGAACAUUGAGUCCUUCGAAGCAGGACGCAGCUAUGACAUCCAUCAACCACACAGCAGCUACAUCUAGCCAGACGGCUCCUCCACAUUUCCGAGUUGACCAGGCGAGUGUGUUGAACAGUGGCCUAACUCCAAAUCCCAAGCUCUUCAUCGAUCUGCAGGCACAGAGGGUAGAAGAGAGUGGGCCUGAUGUGCACGCCUCUCACGCCCGCGCAUCAGGGCCAUUCCGAGCAACGCCGAUCAAAAUUGAUUUCGGUAAGAUUUCACAAGUCUUCGGUCAACCUACUCAGGAUUCGGAACAGGAGUCUCCAGGGGAUCCUCUGGCCGAUCUAGUCGCCACUACAAAUGCGCUCAAACUCGACGACGGGGAGCCGCAGCAAGACAAAAGCCAGCCGCAGGAGCCUGUGAUUCAAGGGCAGGAUCCAGCAGUCAUCCAGAUUGACAUCGGGAAGAGGGAAAAGUACUUGAACGCCUGCCGCGAAAGCGACACUUCCACGCUMAAACAACUCUUCGCAGAGGAGAGGCAAGAGACGAUAGGAUAUGUCGACGAAGAAGGCAACAAUGGAAUCCUACUCGCUACCCAGAGCAGCUCAGACAUAGAGACAAUGCAUUACCUCCACGAACAAGGGGUUUCAAUCACGCAUACCAAUCACAUUAGCAGGACUCCACUCAUGGAAGCUACUCGAUGGGGUUCUCUGGAGCAGUCAUCGAGCGGUCUACUUUGCAAACAACCCAUCAACCCACCUACCAGCAUCGGAAGGUGA